AAAUUAAUUAGUUCUACUCACCUCAUUAGUCAUUACCGCCUUCUAAAACAACCUCCCACUUCCCAUCCACUCUCUGAUCAGUUGUUGUCAUUCUCUCCAUUAACGUAUUACUCCUAGGACUGAGCCUAAGCACAAACUAGAGAUCAACUCAAGACUAGCUUUAAUUGCGGUGAUAAUCGAUCCGGCCAGCUAAUUAUAUGGCAGUAAGAAGCUGGUCCAUGAUUAUGAGCAGUACCAUUUCCGCAUUAACGUUGUUACCAUGUUUCGCCAUUAUCUUUAAUGAUGAAGCCGAGGCUGUCAUUACUCCAGCAACAACGUUAAUUAAUGUGGUGAGGUUAGGCGCAAAAGGCGACGGCGAAACGGACGCGUCAAACGCGUUUCAGCUCGCGUGGUCUUCGGCUUGUGGGUCCCGCGACCCCGUCACGAUUUACGUGCCCAGGGGAACGUUUUCCGUCCGGCAGGCCCACUUUAACGGCCCGUGCGAGAACCCGCACAUCACCUUUCGGAUUCUGGGCACCCUGGUUGCACCGUCCGAUUACCACGUCAUCGGCGAUGCCGGUAACUGGCUGGCGUUCCAUCAAGUUGACGGCGUCUCCGUCCACGGCGGCAGGCUUUCCGGCCAAGGCGCCGCCAUCUGGGCUUGUAAGAGUUCCGGCAAGAAGUGUCCCAACGGUGCAACGAAUUUAUCGUUUACAAAUGCGAAAAACAUACUUGUAACGGGGCUGAUAUCACAAAGUAGCCAAAUGUUUCAUCUUGUGAUCAACGGGUGCCAUAACGUGACGGUGGAACACAUCGAGAUCGAAGCACCGGGAGAUAGUCCCAACACGGACGGCGUUCACAUUCAAUUUUCAUCGGACGUUACCAUUCAACACUCCAAAAUCGCCACCGGAGAUGACUGCGUCUCAAUUGGCCCCGGCACCGUCAAUUUGUGGAUGCACAACUUGUCUUGUGGACCGGGACAUGGAAUCAGCAUUGGAAGUUUGGCCAAAGAUUUAGAAGAAGAAGGGGUUGAGAAUGUGACAUUGAAAACAGCUAUGUUCAAGGACACACAAAACGGUGUGAGAAUAAAAGCGUGGGGCAAACCCAGCAAUGGAUUCGUCAAAAAAGUUGUUUUCGAAGAUUUGAUCAUGUUCAAUGUCCAAAACCCCAUUCUCAUUGACCAAAACUAUUGUCCUGGCCAUGUUAAUUGUCCGCGUCAGGAUUCAGGAGUAAAGAUCAGCGACAUUACGUACGAAAAGAUAAAGGGAACUUCUGCAAGCGAGGUGGCGGUGAAGUUUGAGUGUAGCAAGGUGAACCCAUGCGAGGGGAUAAGGUUAAAAGACGUCAAAUUGGGCUUCAAAGACAAACAUGCUCGGGCCUCUUGUGCAUACGUAGCCGGAAAGGCUUUUGGCCCAAUCGAGCCUUCAAGUUGUCUCUAGCUACCUUUAUUUUUAUUUAUUAGCUUACUUUUUGUUUAUAAGUUUGUGUGAUAAAACUAAUUAAAUCUAAGCUAGUUUGGGAAUACAUAUAAAAUAAGAUAUAGCUAGCUAGCUAGCUAGAGAAUGUAUACAACAAGCUAGCUGGGAUUUUUGUUGUGUCUACCAGAGAUUUUGUUAUACGUAGUAUUACUACAUAUUAUAACUCGCAAGUCCAAUCCCAACACAUGUAAUU